AUGGGGAUGGCACUCAGCUCGAAGAUUCAAACGAUUGAUGAUGAGAAUACUUCUCCUACAGAGAAUAACUCAAGACCAACAGACCAUCCCACACCAUCAAGACAACCUCAUCAACACUCAACACCAACAAAAUCACCACCCCACAACCGCCACCGUCUACACGAAUUGUACGAACAAUUCCCCCCAAGCAAACCUCCUCCAUCAAUACGACCCCCUAACCCACACACCUCCAGCUUCAUCGGCAAAACCGGCGGCCAAAUCUUCCACGAAAUGAUGCGCCUCCACAACGUCAAACACAUCUUCGGCUACCCAGGCGGCACCAUCCUCCCCAUCCUGGACGCGCUCUACGCCUCCCCGCAUCUAACAUUCAUCCUCCCCAAACACGAGCAAUCAGCCGGCCACAUGGCCGAAGGCUACGCGCGCGCCUCGAUCUCCUCAUAUCCCACCCCCGGCAUCGUCCUCGUAACCUCCGGCCCCGGCGCAACGAAUCUCAUCACGCCGCUGCAGAACGCCCUCAGCGACGGCACCCCGCUCAUUGCUUUCUGUGGACAGGUGGCGACGAGCGCCAUCGGGAAGGACGGGUUCCAGGAGGCGGAUGUGUUGGGGAUGACGAGAUUUUGUACGAAGUGGAAUGUGGGCGUUAAGCAUGUGAGGGAGUUGCCGCAGAGGAUUGAGGAGGCGUUUUGGGUGGCGUUGAGUGGGAGGAUGGGGCCUGUGGUCGUGGAGGUGCCCAAGGAUGUGGGGGCGGGGGUUUAUUCUUGA